AGCGUUUUUCUUUCUCUCAGAUAAAACCAUCUUUUACGGCAGUAUUUCACAACAUGAAGGCUUUCCUGUCGCAUCUCUCUGCAGGACUGAGCGAGGUGAACCUGCGCCCCCUGCUGUUCGUGGCCGGAGCCGCAACCGCCACCGCAGGAGCUUAUUAUCUGUAUAAGAGGUUCACUGGUGGGCGGCGGGGGGAGGUGAAGGAGGAUGCGGGGGUCCAGACUGAUCCUGGUCCUGAAGGUUACGGAGGUGGAAACACACACACAAAUGUUUUAGACUCCCACACUGACGGGGUUCACACAGAUGAACAGAUCUCAGACCCGUACCAGCAGAUCAAUCCUCAACACCACAGAGAAGUUCAGCGUUCACAUUUGACACUGCGUUUGUCUUAUAGCCGGUGGCACGACAGACAUACUGCGAUGAUCCGUGUCAGGCGGCACUACACACUGCAGAUACGUGGUGCGGUGUCACAGUCGUGGUGGGUUCUCACCAACGACUUCUAUAAAGCCACAGAUGAGGGUCUCCGAUGCUUCUGCUCAGCACACAGGGUGACACUUGCUGUGCACAUUGACGGAUGUCUGGCUCGGGUAGCAUCUUACAUUUUCACUAAACGCCACGCCACUGUAUCAUCCUGGGGUGUUCAGGCUGAAGACACUUUUUGGUCAAGCCAAGGCGUUCUCAUUAGUGACAAUCGUUGUGUCGUUACGGUUCCCUGUGGCUCAGAAGUCGUGCUGUACAAUCCAGAACCCAGAGCUCCCCACCAGCCAGAGGAAACUUCUAGACCUCAGACCAGCCCUGAGGUGGAUGUGGAGAGCGGCCAUAUAGAAAUAAGGAAUGUUCCUGCUUUAUUUCACUACUGCAGAAUGAAGGGAAUCAAAAACUUCACCCAUAAACUAGCAGCACUGCGUCAAGCCUUUAAUAUCGUUUUCAGUCACCCUCCGAACUACAGUUACAUCUGUGUGGUGGGAAGAAUGACUUUACUCGUACUGGUAGCUGCAAAAAAGAGGGAUCUGCGCGUCUUCCAGCGAAGGUACGACCGGCUGAUACAGAUGCUGGAGAAUCGGACUAAUCGGAUGUGGGCCGAAGUGGAGCUGACACAGAUCGGGAUCCAGCACGUCAACUUUAUGGACAUCGUCUUUGAGCUGGUGCUGCUGGGAAUUCUGGGAAGAGCGAGGGUGCAUCAGAUCAUCUCAUUGACGCAGUACCGGAGACGAAGGCUCUUUCUGAACCGGCUGAUUGCUCUCAUCUUUUCGUGCGUUACACCCAGAUGGAUUGAACGUCAGGAGACAGAGCGUUAUUUAUUCCAUCUUCAGACUGAGAUGCUGAGCUUCCUGGAUGAAAUCUUCACUCUGGACGAGUCUUUGUAUGCAGAACCUGAAGCCCUGGCUACUGCACUGGAGACGCUUUUAUGGCAGAGCCUCCGACGGUUUCAUGAAAGGCUGGAAACAGAUGACAUCUAAAGGCCAACCUUGAUUAGAACCUUUAUUUAAGUGUUAGGGAUGCAGGUCUGGUGGUUGAUGUGUUGUUAAUGUGUGUUAACAGUUCACAGGUGCAUCAGGACCCAAGACAUGGGCGACAUGUAAAGAUACCACUAAUGUGGAAACAUGUAUCGGAAUCUCAGAGAGACGUGCUGCCAUUAAGACGACGUCUUUACAUCAAGACAACGCCUGGAUGACUUUGUGGACCAGAUCCAGAUGUGUAAAAAUGUUCUGUAAAAAUGUAAUAAAAAGAAGAAACUCUGAU